AUGGGUAUCUGGGAUCAAUUCUACGAGAAAGCCAAGUCCUUUUUUACUACAAGUGAUGAACCCAGUGCUAGUACAGAGCCGCCAAAACCUCGUUGCUAUUAUGAAUUAUUGGAAGUCGAAAGAAAUGCCACAGAUGAUGAAAUUAAAAAAUCAUUUAAAAAACUUGCUUUGCGUUGGCAUCCUGAUAAAAAUCCUGGAAGAGAGGAGGAAUGCGCUGCUUAUUUUAUUUUAAUUCAGCAAGCCUAUGAAGUACUCGUUGAUCCCCAAGAAAGGGCAUUUUAUGAUAGACAUCGCGAAAAUAUUAUUUAUGCUGGUGUUGAUUCUCAGCAGGAGAAAGUUGACACAGGUGUUAAACUCGAGCCAUUCAGGAGCACUUCUUGUUGGCAACACAUGUUUACAAGUGAAGAGGAGUGUGUUGAGAAAUUUUAUUCUGUAUAUCGCGAUCUUUUCCAUCAACUGGCUGCAGAAGAGUAUGCUUAUAUUGAUGACCCUGAAGAUAGAAAUUAUCCUGUUUUUGGCACUCUAAAUAGCGAUUAUGAAACUGUUGUCGCCCCAUUCUACGCAUUUUGGUUAAAUUUUUCAACUCGUCGUUCCUUUGCUUGGCUAGAUAAAUAUAAUUUGAGAGAAGCUGAUGAUAGACAUACUGCUCGUUAUAUGGAAAGGGAAAACAGAAGGGAAAGGACACAAGGCAGGAAAAAAAGAAAUGAAGAAGUUCAGAGAUUAGUGGAAUUUGUACGUAAACAUGACAAACGUGUUGAAGUCGCUAGACAACGUCAAGCUGAAAGAAAUGCUUUUAUCAUGAAAAAAGUUGAAGAACAGCAACGACAAGCUAUUAGAAAAAAUUUGGAAGGCCUAAAGAACUUUGAAAUCGACACGGAAAUUCAGAAAGAACAUUUAAUGGAUCUUGAACAAAUUGAGGCUGAAUUGGAUGCUGCUUUUGGUAUUGUUGAGAAUAAAAAACAUGAAAAUGAAGGAGCUAGUGAUGAGGAAAACCUUUCUGAUGAAGAUGACGAAGAGCAGUUUUAUUGUAUUGUUUGUGAAAAGUCUUUCAAAUCAAGAAAUGUUCUGGAAAGCCAUCAACGCUCAAAAAAGCAUCGCCAAAUGGCCGAAUUAUUAAAAAUUCACAUGUGUGAGGAAGAUCAGAAGCUCUUUGAUGGUGCUCAAAAUCAACAUUCUGAUGAUGAAAAUGUUGAAGAAAAGACAAAAGAAAAUAAAAAGACGAAAAAGAAAAAGGAAAAGAACGAGCCUAAAAUAAAUAUAGAAGAAGAAGAAAAUUCUAAUAAAAAUAUUGAAGAAAUUGGUAAUAAUGAAGAGGAGGAAGGUCAAAAAGAAGACGAGUUAACUGAACAGGAAAAUAAUAUCCCUAAAAAGAUGACAAAAACAGCAAAAAGGAAAGCUGCUAAACAGGCACUAAAAACUGAGCAAAAGAAACCACUUCCAUCAGGCCCUGUUGCCUGUGAAUGUCACACUUGUGGUGAAGAAUUUGAUUCUAAAAGUAAACUUCACAUUCAUCUAAAACAAAGUGGGCAUGCGAUAAUUAAAAGUGUUGUUAAUCCUCCAGUAACUUUUGGAACAAAUAAAAAAGCAGAAAUGAAAAAAUCAAAGAAAAAGUGAUAAUUUAAUUAUAUUUACUUGUCUUUUUCCCAUUUACUAUUUUACUUUUUCUGGGCUUUUCUCUGUAUAUUAGGGCUAUAUUCUAAAAUUUUAUUUGCUUCAAAUUUAUUUUCCAAAAAUACCCAAAAUUCUAUCUUUGUUGAUAAAUUUAUUUUGAAUUUAUUUUUUAAUGAUUAUAUUUGAGUUUUUAACUUUAAAUAUUAAUAAUUAUUUAUUUCUUUUAUUUUUUUAAAUAAUAAAGGUUUAUAUAAAUUCAAAAUUGCCUCUACAAGUAAAUUGGAGAAUUGUGGACUUCAAUAAUUCGCUGCCAAAUUGAGACGGGAAGAACACAUCAAAUAAGAGUGCAUCUCCAAUAUUUGGGAUUUCCAAUUUGCAACGACACAAUUUACAAUAACUUUGUUUGGGGUCCAUUAAAGGGUAAAGGAGGUGAUUAUGGGGGAAAGUCUAUUGAACAGUUAAGAAUUGAUGUUGUUAAACAACACGACAAAAAAUCUUGGAUAUGUGAAUCAGAUCCAGAUUAUGCUCAAAGACUUAAAGAAAUUGGGGAAAAUGAUUUGGUAGAAAAAUUUUUUAUUUUUGAGG